AAGCGAGAUAACUCGCGGCAACGGCAACGGCAGGCGCGGGACGUGGAAGACAGCGCUUCUGAGGAGGACGAGGAGGAGGAGGAGGAGUACGAAUCCGGGAGCACGACCUCAGCUUCCGAAUCGCAGUCGGAGCUAGGAGUCCAGGCAUCCAAGAGGCAUAAGGGAGGCGGCCGGGAUGACCGCGACGGCAGCAAAGGCGAGCGGGAGGGCAGCAAGGCGGACCGCGAGGUGCUCGCCAAGCAGCAGCGCGACAGGGAACGGGAGCGCCAGCGGGAGCGGGAGCGUGACCGAGAACGGGAGCGAGAGCGAGAGCGGCACCGAGGAAAGGAGCGGGAUCGUGACGGGGAGCGCGAACGGGAUAG